UUCAAACCCACGCACAAGCCAGCGUCAUCCAUGGCGUAUCCUUUUCGCACGGACAUGUUCCGGAUCGUGUAAUUAAUUAAAUAAAUUCUCACGCCAAAGGCGCCCUAAUUGUAUUCGCUGGCAUGGCACAUACACGGAGCGCUCCCUGGGCCGGGAUUGUUUUGGGAAUUUCUAUUAGCAGCUCAGGGAUGCUGCGUACGGUGGCAUUUUUGUAUAAAAGAUAUCCGGAUCCGGUGUUUAGGCAUCAGUCAUCUGUACGAACUUGCAAGGACAACGUUAGCAAACUCUUUGAACAACACUCUCAGUUCUCCGAAGAAGUCCAGUUCCAGUUUGUCUAAACCUCCUAACAUAACAAAACCAAACCACGGUAGCAUGGCUUCGUACAAAGUGCUCGCUAGUCUGAUUGUUGUGCUGCUGGUGGUGCUGGCAUUCAGUGGACACGUCGAGGCCGGCUACCGGAAACCACCGUUCAACGGUAGCAUCUUUGGCAAACGCAGCGGAAACUCGAUUGAUUAUGAGGGCAACGCCAAGGUCCUGUCGACCAUGUGCGAAAUAGCGGCGGAAGCGUGCCAGAGCUGGUUCACCGGACAGGAACAGAAGUGAGCAACGGAGCGGCCAUUUCCCCCCCCCCCUUCUUCACAGUGGAACCUAAUCAAAAUGCCGGGUGUGUUUGUGUGUGCUUGAGAUUGUUUUCUGACGCUAAACUCCAUUGGACCUGCGAUGCAUUGUGGUGCAAAGGAAACGAUAUCGUUGCAGAUGGUCACCAUUUCAGUGUGAUGCGGGCAGUUUACAUGUAACGUUCUAUUCCGGAAUAAAAUGUUUUGUGCAAAGCGUUCAGUAGA